GGUGCGGUAUCGCGUCUCAAUCGGGCUCGUGGAUAAUUACGUGAAAUAUAAUCUGGUGUGACUGCAGAUUAUUAUCGUACCUUCCCAAUAUCACCUCAUAGCAAACUAGCUAAGAAAAUGUCUGCCGUAAAACGUCUGCUGCCUCUUUUGGAUCGCGUGCUUAUCCAGCGCGCUGAAGCUCUCACAAAAACCAAGAGCGGAAUUGUGAUCCCCGAAAAGGCUCAAUCGAAGGUACUUGAAGGUACGGUGAUCGCGGUCGGACCGGGAGCUCGUAACUCCCAGACUGGUGCACAUGUGCCGCUUUCUGUGAAGGUCGGUGAAAAGGUGCUGUUGCCAGAGUAUGGCGGCACCAAGGUGGAGCUGGGAGACAGUAAAGAGUACCACCUCUUCCGGGAAGCUGACAUUCUCGCCAAGGUCGAAUAAGAACCAUGCCGUCGCUUACGUGUGUGCUGCAGGACAGACGCAUAAUGUGCGAUACACGUGCAUCAUGGAGCGAAGAACGUUAAAAAAAACCCUACAAACAAACAAACUAACCCAGUGAAUACCCGCCUGCGAUGUUUGGUUGAGAACGGGCCGUGUUCAUUAGAUCUUGAACCUCUUAUCAGCAAGGCAGCCCUUACGAGCUCGGGCAAAAUAUGAAGAAUGACUCUACCAGUUGUUAAAGUUGUACUUGUUCGUUCGCUAUGGCCUAGCAACAGGUGACGCUGUUGUGGCCAGAUAGGCUUCGUUCGGAUCGUGUCAUGGACCACCAAAGACAUUGAAAUGAUGUAAUUUGCUGCUCCUGUUACACGAUCCUUACGGAAUCUCCGACUGUUCCCGUUCGUUCGAGGGCUUCCUUUGUCUAUCAAGUUCAUAUGCUAGGACGCUUGAUAAUCAAAUGCAGCCGGCGUCGAACGUGUCACACAGAAAGGAAAUCGAUUAGUAAAGAGAUAAAUGUAUGAUUUCAACAAUCCUUAAUAAUAAACACAA